AUGUGGUACGUCCCCGAGGCUGCGCGAUCAGAACAGAACCGAAUUGGAGGAUAGAGAAACAGAGUAAUUUUUUUUUAAGGGAAAGAGAAAGGAUGGAUGGUGUGGGGGGGCAGGGGCCUCUUAACCCUUUUACACGUGAUAAAGAAAACACCAAAAGCCUCCUUGCAUGCGUGUAUAAAGCUUCUUCUUCAUCAUCAUCUCUCUUUCUCCACGCCCUUUCUCUUCUUCUUCUUCUUCUUCUUCUUCUUCUUCUCCCCUUUCUCAAAUCUUUCACAUUAACCCCAUUUCCCUCUGUUUUUCUCUCUUGAUUUUGGGUUCUUCGAGUUUUGAAACCUCGCUGCUUGAUUGGAUUUGAGUGGAUUGGAUUGGAUUGAUGUUGGUGGGAUGACGUCUUCAAUCCGUGAAGAAGAGGGAAGAUGAGUUCAGAGUAAACGUGACUGUGAAGAAACUUCAUGUUCACCAUUUCGUGAAGCUUUUAGCUCAUUCUAAACGAGUUCUUGUGACAUUGCGAGGGAAUUUUUCAGACGGUAAAAGAAACCCACCAUGCCAGUACGGCAAAUGAAAGAGAGCUCCGAGCAGCACCUUGUAAUCAAAACCCACUUGCAGAACUCUGUUCAGAAACCUCAAAAAGCAACCCAAAAUGGCAAAGGCCCGCCGAAUCUGGAACAUCAAAACAUCAAAUGUCGAAACCCAUCUUCUCCUCCGAGCAAAAACAGAGGCAGGAGAAGAAGCCGAGGCGGCCGGAAAUCCGAUCAGGGGGAGGUUUACAUGAGACCCAGUUCUCGGCCCUGCACAGUGGCGCGUAAACCAGAUGAACCGGAAUUUAACGCCGGAGAUCUGGUGGCAAGAACUAAUCCAAAUGGUGGUAACAUUUGUGGAAUGGAAAUGGGUUAUCGAAAUUCAAGCAAGUCCUUGAGUUUUGCCCCAAGGCCUGGAUUCGGACAAGUUGGGACAAAAUGUAUUGUGAAAGCAAACCAUUUCUUUGCAGAGUUACCAGACAAAGAUUUGAAUCAAUAUGAUGUCACAAUUACUCCUGAAGUGGCAUCAAGAACUGUGAACAGAGCCAUCAUGGCUGAAUUGGUGAGAUUAUACAGAGAUUCUGAGCUGGGAAAAAGAUUACCAGCUUAUGAUGGCAGAAAGAGUCUGUAUACAGCUGGUGAGCUUCCUUUUGUAUGGAAAGAGUUUAACAUCAAGCUUGUGGAUGAAGAAGAUGGAGUCAGUGGUCCCAAGAGGGAGAGGGAAUAUAAAGUGGUUCUUAGGUUUGUUGCUCGUGCAAAUUUACACCAUUUGGGUCAGUUUCUGGCGGGUAAGCGUGCCGAUGCUCCACAAGAAGCUCUUCAAAUACUGGAUAUUGUAUUGAGAGAGUUGUCAUCCAAAAGGUACUGUCCUAUAGGGAGAUCCUUCUUUUCUCCUGAUAUUAGAUCACCUCAGCGGCUAGGUGAUGGGCUAGAAUCAUGGUGCGGGUUUUACCAAAGUAUAAGACCCACUCAAAUGGGGCUGUCUCUUAACAUUGAUAUGGCUUCAGCUGCAUUCAUCGAGGCUCUCCCUGUCCUUGAAUUCGUUGCUCAGCUACUAGGGAAAGAUGUAUUGUCCCGGCCAUUGUCUGACGCUGAUCGAGUAAAGAUUAAAAAGGCUCUUAGGGGGGUGAAAGUUGAAGUAACACACCGGGGAAAUGUAAGGCGGAAAUAUCGAGUUUCGGGUCUGACAUCACAGCCUACACGAGAAUUAGUAUUUCCUGUUGAUGACAACUCAACCAUGAAGUCAGUUGUUGAAUACUUCCAAGAGAUGUAUGGCUUCACCAUUCAACACGCACAUCUCCCUUGCCUUCAAGUAGGAAACCAGAAGAAGGCGAAUUACUUGCCAAUGGAGGCCUGCAAAAUUGUUGGGGGGCAAAGAUAUACAAAGAGAUUGAAUGAGAAGCAAAUAACUGCACUUCUAAAAGUCACGUGUCAAAGACCGAGGGAUCGAGAAAAUGACAUUUUGCAGACUGUUCAACAUAAUGCUUAUGAUAUGGAUCCUUAUGCCAAGGAGUUUGGGAUUAAAAUCAGUGAAAAGCUGGCUUCUGUUGAAGCUAGAAUCCUCCCUCCUCCCUGGCUCAAAUAUCAUGAUACUGGAAAAGAGAAGGAUUGCUUGCCUCAAGUUGGUCAAUGGAAUAUGAUGAACAAGAAAAUGAUUAACGGAAUGACUGUUAAUCGGUGGGCGUGCAUCAACUUCUCUAGGAGUGUACAAGAAAGUGUUGCUCGUGGGUUUUGUACCGAACUUGCUCAAAUGUGUCAAGUGUCUGGAAUGGAAUUCAAUCCAGAACCUGUUAUUCCAAUAUACAAUGCCAGGCCAGAACAGGUAGAGAAAGCUUUGAAGCAUGUGUAUCAUGCUUCCAUGAACAAGACUAAAGGGAAAGAGUUAGAGCUAUUAUUAGCUAUUUUACCUGACAAUAACGGGUCACUUUACGGUGACCUUAAGCGAAUUUGUGAAACCGAUCUUGGUUUAAUAUCACAAUGCUGUCUUACGAAACACGUGUUCAAGAUUAGUAAGCAGUACCUUGCUAAUGUGUCACUGAAGAUCAAUGUCAAGAUGGGUGGUAGAAACACUGUUCUUCUAGAUGCUAUCAGCUGCAGGAUACCGCUUGUGAGUGACAUACCAACAAUAAUAUUUGGAGCCGACGUGACCCAUCCAGAGAAUGGCGAGGAUUCCAGCCCUUCAAUAGCUGCUGUAGUAGCCUCCCAGGAUUGGCCUGAAGUGACUAAAUAUGCUGGACUAGUAUGUGCUCAGGCUCAUAGACAAGAACUUAUACAAGAUUUGUACAAAACUUGGCAGGAUCCUGUCCGUGGUACUGUCAGUGGUGGCAUGAUCAGGGAUCUUCUGGUUUCCUUUAGGAAAGCAACAGGGCAGAAGCCUCUCAGAAUAAUAUUUUACAGGGAUGGCGUAAGUGAAGGACAAUUCUACCAAGUAUUACUUUAUGAGUUGGAUGCAAUCAGGAAGGCAUGUGCUUCUUUAGAACCGAAUUACCAACCACCUGUAACGUUCAUUGUCGUCCAAAAACGACACCACACACGAUUGUUUGCCAACAACUAUCGGGAUAGAAGUAGCACAGACAAGAGUGGGAACAUUUUACCUGGCACUGUAGUUGACUCCAAAAUAUGUCACCCAACAGAAUUUGAUUUCUAUCUCUGUAGCCAUGCUGGAAUUCAGGGGACAAGUCGGCCAGCACACUAUCAUGUUCUUUGGGAUGAAAACAAUUUUACUCCUGAUGGAAUUCAGUCAUUAACGAACAAUCUUUGCUACACGUAUGCAAGGUGUACACGUUCGGUUUCUGUUGUUCCUCCAGCAUACUAUGCACAUUUAGCUGCAUUCCGAGCUCGAUUCUACAUGGAGCCAGAAAUGCAGGAGAAUGGCUCAGCUGGUCGUUCUGCCAAGAGCACACGCGCUACUGGAGAGUCUGGGGUUCGACCUUUGCCAGCUCUGAAGGAAAAUGUGAAAAGAGUAAUGUUUUACUGCUAGAAAUCGGAACCAGCAACAAAGGAGAGGGUCGUAGUCAGAGCUCGAGCUAUGACGGGAAACUUGACUCUUCCUGUUGCUCUGCCUUAUGUUCCUUUGUAAAUGAAUCAUCAUCAUCAUCAUCAUCAAUGUGUGGUGGGUUCACAUGUGUUACAAAUAUAGGUUGAUGAUUUUAGUUGUGGAGUAAAUGUAGAGUUGGUUAGUUGGUGAAGAGUUUUACUUGGGUUUACUGCUGUUGCACUAAGUGUCAAAAUCAAGCCAUAGAUGACAGGUUUCUCUUCUCACCCACAUUUGUAAAGAGCUGUUUUUUUCCAUAAUGAAUCAGUAUAGAUGUGUUGGAAAUUUCUGUCUCACAAACUUGGCUGAGUGCCCGAAUUAUAUACCCUCGAUGUGUAAACAUGAACCGUUCAA